UCUGCCGCAGUCAGUUAGAUCCAACGGGAUUGGAAAAUGGAGGAUUGAUAGAAAUGAGGGCAUAGCGUCGGUAUUUCUAACAUGUAGAACCUUCAACCUGACACUGACGAUAAUUAAUCUGAUGUCCUUUAGCUUGACAAGUCAUCACUACUGACGUGCAGGCUCUCAAGAAGCAGAAAGCAGACUAAAGCGACCGUUUCAAAUGACUUGGAGAGUCUGGCUACAGAGUUGCUAAAGCAACCAGCUGCAGCACUGAAGGCCACAACGUGAAGUAAAAAAAACCAAAACAUUCAAACUUCCUGUUUUUCCACUGCAGUAGAGCACAAUGCCAGUGGAGGCAACAACAGACAGUCCUGAGAGCCGCUGUCCGGUGCGGCGCAGCGGACGGCAGCCCAAACGAACGGACAAACUGGAGGAGUUCCUCAUGACGACAAAGCGGGGCUCUAGGAAAAGCGCCCCUCCGAGCGUUGAAAGCGGAGAUCCUCCUUCCCAAACGCCAACGGACGCCGAAACGGCGUCCGAAGCCAGUUUUGAUGGGAACGCUGAGUCCAGGGCGGCGGAGGACAAAGCGGAGUCUCCGGAGAGGAGGACAAGAAGCAGCACCAGGAAGCAGGCGCAGAAGAAAACCCAAGGAGGCCGGCAGACGAGAUCCUCAGGGAGAGCUGCGGUCCAGGACGAGGGGAGCUCUGAGAACGAGGAAGACAGUAAAGAUGAAGGUCAGUCACAAGAUAACAGCGAGGAGACGAAAGAUGCAAAACCCGAACCUUGCGCUAAGACAACAGAGGGUGCCGAGAAGAAGGUUACCGAGGAGACGAAUGAACCUGAAGGUGAAACAGAAAAGGAGACAGAUGACGAGGACGCAGACACACCUGCAGUAAUGACUCGCAGACCAGUCCGGACUUACGUCAAUAAGAAGAAGAUAGCUAAGAAGAGCCCCACACCGGCUAAAGCUCCUGCAGCUCUAAGCAGAAACAUGGCUCCUAUGAAGAAGGAAACAAAACCCACAGCAGCCGGGAAGAUGAGCAAGCAUGAGACGACGGAAGAUGAAGAUGACGACGACGAUGAUGAGUCCUUUACUUCUUCGUCUUCAUCUACGUCUUCAGAUGAGGAGUCUGACGAUGGAGGCUAUGACCCCAACGCUCUAUACUGUAUCUGUCGGCAGAAACACAACAAACGGUUUGUUCAGUUUAUGAUCUGCUGCGACCGCUGCGAGGAAUGGUUCCACGGCGACUGCGUUGGCAUCACCGAGGCCCGCGGGCGUCUGAUGGAGAGAAACGGAGAAGACUACAUCUGCCCCAACUGCACCGCGAAGAAGAACCAGGUGGUCCGGCCCGCCAUGGCCGUUCUCCCCACGAGCGCAGAGGCGAACAAACCCAGAGCAGACAUUGCUUCUCAGGUUACCGCCUCAGCUUCCUCCGUAUCUGCUGAGAAACUCUCAGCCGGCGGGGCGGGGCUAAGUCCAUCAGCUUUUCAAGGGCUGGCUGCGUUUUCCACAGCGACCGGGACGGAAGAUCAGGGCAUCAAAGGCAGGAUAGAGAAAGCGACUAAUCCAUCUGGGAAGAAGAAGAUAAAGAUCUUCCAGCCGGCUAUUCAUCAGCCAGCCGAGCCCAAAGCAGACCAAAAGGCGGCGUCGGCUGUGGAGCCGAAGGUUCCGUCGGCAGCAGAGCAGAAAGCCCCACCUGAACCAGAGCAGAGGGUGGAGACGACGGUCGAGGUGAACACCACGCCGGCCGAGGAGGCGGCCAAGCAGAGGGCGGAGGAUGACUCCUCCCUGCCUAAAUGCAUCGGUCCCGGCUGCGAGAGCAUCGCCCAGCCGGACUCCGUGUACUGUGGCGACGACUGCAUCUUGAAGCACGCCGCUGCAGCCAUGAAGUCCAUCACUGACAUCAAAGAGCCCAAACAGAAGGACAAGAGCAUGCCUCAGAAAAACAAGUCCACAGCAAAGAAGGGUGGAGCCGGCGGGAAGGCACAGAAGAAGACCCAGAGGGCGUCGGACAGCGACGAAGACUUCAGCCCCGACCUGGAUGAGGACGACGAAGACGAAUACGCCGAGGAACAGCGGCCUCCGCCGUCCACUGCCUCCUGGUCCAGUGACCAUAAUUACAUUGCAGUAACACCAGAAAAGACUACACCCAUAUCACCAACAGUGUUAAACAAAAAGUCUCCUCCCAAAGAAGAAAAGACUGAGAAGGAACGGAGCCUGUCACCCGAGAAAUCCACCAGAAUAUCCUCAAAUCUACGCAAAGGAAAGAAGAAGUCCCCUCCACAAAAAUCCACUGCGGUUUCAUCGAAGAGCAAGAAGUCUUCUCCGCAAGCUAGCAGCUCCAAGGUCUCCAAGAAACAGGCGACCACCCCAGCUAAAACCACAGAGAAGUACAAGAAACCCGGCCAGGCGCCGGCCCACAACCCAUCUCCAUUCCCCGCAGGUCCAAUUCACGUCACAGGGGCCCUCAGAGUCACAAAGUCCAACUUCACCAUUCCUAAGAAGCAACCUCAACAGAAAGACUCCCCUUCCCAGAGUCAGCCAGACUCUUCUUCCUCUCGAGUCCCAUCCUCUCCAGUAUCUUCAACGUCAUCCAGCCGCUCCUCGUCUUCCAGGCAUUCCCAUCCACCUGGAUCAUCCUCCCACUCGUCCCCCGUGAGACCACCAGCCAACAACCAGAUGAGGCAGAACAUCCGGCGCUCACUCACUGACAUUCUCUUCAAAAGGGUGAGCGACAGCGAUGAUCUGAAAAUGACAGAAAGUGAGGUGGGGAAACUUGCAUACGCUAUCGAGAAGGAGAUGUUUAACCUCUGCCUGAGUACUGACAGCAAAUACAAGAACAAAUACAGGACCCUGAUGUUCAACCUGAAGGACCCUAAAAACAAAGGUUUGUUCUACAGGGUGAUUGGUGGACAAGUUACUCCCUUCAGACUGGUGAGACUAAGUGCGGAAGAGCUGCUCUCCAAAGAAAUAUCCGAGUGGAGAAAGUUUGAAAGUUCAGAGGGUCACUCUCGGGGUCGUUCGGGGCAUUCCAGACAUGGAAGCAGGCACGACACGGGCUCCCACAGCGUAGACAUGGACGAUGCUCCCCCAUCCGACGCAGAUGUAUGUAUUUCUGCUACUGCGCCGUCUUCUCGCUUGGGUUCUGCGGCAGACCAAGACGAGGCUUGCUCAACUCCAUCAGCGACCGCCCAACCCUCUGCUGACGGCAACACUGGCAGCAACAUGGUGGAUGUUUUCAGCAGCAUGCUUAAAGACACCACUUCUGAACACAAGACUCAUCUGUUUGACCUCAACUGCAAAAUAUGCACAGGACAAAAGACAGAAGAUGAACUUGCAUCCAAAAAGGCCAGAGUCUCCAGUAAGCCUGACGUCAAACCACCCAGACACGAGUCAAGGUCAUCCAGGUCUGGGGAUUCACCUUCUGUCAAUGCCGCGGCCUACCCUCCCCUAGAUCCCUUAUCGUCCCAUCCGCCGGUUGCUCCACCCUACCACUCCAACGCGGGACCAGUUGUUCCAGAAACUCCGCCACAGCUCUACCAGGAGGAUCCGAACACGAUGGUGCCUCCCGCUCCAACCCUUCCGCUCGUCGCCCCCGCCGUCUCUUCCGUCAGCAUCUCUCGGAGAGACCCUCGCAUGGCCCGCCACGGCUCCGCCGUGAGCGUCGUGCCACCGGCCAUUGAAAAACCCGCCAGUAACACAGCAGAACCCGUCCUGGCUCCUAUCACAGCUUCUGUUGCUGCUCCGAUGGACUCUGGAGUUAAAGUACCUCUGCCACUUCCACUGCCACCAGCGCCACCUCCACUAGUGGCUACGUCCAAAUCUACGAAAAAAAGCUCAGCUGAACCUCCUCCGGAGGGGGAAACGGCAAUCUUCUUGUACGGUCAGGAGACGAUAUGGAAAGGAUUUGUUAAUAUGCAAUCAGUUGCUAAGUUUGUGACCAAAGCUUAUCUGGUGUCAGGCUCCUUUGAACACCUGAAAGAGGAUUUACCUGACACUAUCCACAUCGGAGGCAGGAUUUCUCCCAACACCGUAUGGGACUAUGUUGGGAAGCUGAAAACGUCGCUCUCCAAGGAGCUGUGUCUGAUCCGUUUCCAGCCAGCCACAGAGGAAGAAGAGGUAGCAUAUGUGUCUCUCUUCUCUUACUUCAGCAGCAGAAAGAAAUUUGGCGUGGUAGCUAACAACAACCGGCGCAUCAAAGACCUCUAUCUCAUCCCACUCGGCUCAAAAGACCCUUUACCCUCUAGGCUAUUACCGUUUGACGGGCCAGGACUUGAACCAGCUCGCCCCAACCUCCUCCUGGGAUUGCUGAUCUGCCAGAAGGACCGAAAGCGAGUUGGUGCGCCGCUUGAAACGGACGACAAACGGUCCAAAAUUCAAACCAAAGACGCAGAUGAAACCGGACUCCCAAAACCCGCUCCCGCAGUCAAGGCAGAGAGAAGCGCACGGCAGAGUCUUGAAAUCCCCUUCAGCACGACUCCGCCAGGUUCACCUCCAUCUAACUCUUCUGAGACUCCCAGCAGCAGCACCGCAAACACCGCUGUCUCAGUCCUUUCCUUGUUAUCGGCUGUCAAUGCUCCAGUCACAUCCGCUACCCUUGGCAAGGAUUCCACAUCCGGAAGCUCUGCAUCAGCCGCCACGCCUCUUCAAACCAUUCUCAACACGAUCUUUAGGAACAAAAAGCUGGACUCAGACGCUUCUAACUCUCCAUCUGAUCAAACUAGGGAACUUCCUGCCACCGCUACAAUGUUAGACCCCAUUGUCCAACAGUUUACCCAAAAUCCAAAAGAGACAUUGGAAGAAGAAGAUGAAGACGACAGACCAUAUGAUCCCGAAGAAGAGUAUGACCCAAGUCUGGUCUUUAAUGUGACAAAGAAGGCUGCUGACGAGAUAAUCAAACCUGAGGUCUGUAAGUCGACUGAGGUGGAAGCAGCUGAAACUGACGAUGUGGAGUACGAUCCUGAAGAUGAUUCGAUUUUUGAUGAUGUAAAAACUGUGAUACCGGCCCAAACUAAGCCCGUAGCUGAAAAUGUGCCUGAUGCAAAGAUGAUCCUGGAAAAUCUUCGAAGAAUUGGCGAUCAAGCACUGCAGAAGCAGGCAGAACAGCAGACGUUGUCCACAGAGACAGCCGCCGCAGCUUUGUUACUUCCAGACACACUUGCCAGCAGUCACUUACUCCAACUUGGCAAGAAAGUUGAAGAACUAGUCAAGUCGUCAACGGUUGCUCCGCUUAUCAACCAGAGAAGAGAUCCAAGACAGAGCAGGGAUCCUCGCCAGUCUGUGGGUGAACAGAAACAGUCUGAACCGGAACAAAAAGAGGAGCCGUCGUCUCCUCCUCCUUUAACCGAACCAUCUCCUACCUCUGCACCUCUGGCACAAGAGCAAUCUCCACCUAAAGUAGAAGAACAUGCUGAUGCCCCACAAGGUCCUGAGACUUCACUGGCUCAGGAGGAGGAAAAAAGUGAGACGGCGCUUCCUUUCAUGGACUCGGACAAUGAAGAGGUUUCAAUUCCUUUACUGGGAGAGGAGGUGGAACAUAAUAUGGAGGUCAGCUACAUGACCGAUAGAAAAAGGAAAAGAGACGAAGACGACAAAGAGGAAACUGAAGUGGACAAAUACAGCAUUUGGCCAAAUGCUGCCAGUAUCUUAAAAGCUGGCGAUGAUUUAAAGUACGAGGAAAACAGCCAAGAUGUCCCAUCUUCGCGGUAUCGCAGAGAGUCUGCAGACAUCUCCACGGUAACGUCCGCCAUCCCAGUACUCACUCAAAGCACGGUGGCCGAUGCUCACUCGCAUCACAUGCCGCACCACAUGGCCUCCUUCGAUAAUGAAUACCGACCGCCAGUCGAUGUUCCACCACAGUCCAGCUUUGUCCCUCCCCACCCCAUGCAAGGUCAGAACCUGAUAAUGAGGCCUCCGCCACAGUCUAUGCUGCAACCCAUGCAAGGUCCUCCUCUAAUGUCCGGUCCUCCUUCGAUGCAGGGGCCUCCCCCAGCUAUCCACGUUCCUCCCUCUGUUCAUGGUCCUCCCCCACGUCAAGUGGAUGGCAGUCAGCAGUACGGCCCAACUCCGACAUCCUACCCACCCUAUCAAAACCAGAACCAGUGGCCGAACAACCAGCACCAACAUAAGCAGCCACCUCCUCGACCACCAAUACAAAACAUCCUGCCGCCUAGGGGACCCCCUCUUCAGUUCCCUCCAGUUUCUCAGAGAGCACCCCCUCCACAAAUAUUUGAUCCCUCCAUGACCCCUCAACACAUUGGACUACAAGGCCCACCUCCAAAUAUUCACCCACCUCCAAACUUUGAAGGACAGAACAACUUACUGCCACCAAGAUUCUCUAGUCCUCUACCUCCUUUUAAUUUCCCUGCUAACAGAGGUCCUCCUCCAUCUUUCACAGGACCCCCACCAUCUGCUCACUUUGAUACCAGGCACCCUCCUCCUGCUCUCUUCCCAGGCCCCAGGGGUCCCCCACCAAAUCAGCAUUACAACAAAGACACUCCCAGUAACUCCUUCAAUCCCAGUUUGGACCAGAAUCCAAAUCCUCCCCAAUAUUAUAAAGAGAAUCUUGGUCCUCCAGCACCUUCCGCUUAUCGUGGACCUCCGCUCGACCAGUACGAGGAUAGGAGAGGACUGCCUCCUAGCACGGAGUUGAGUGGACAGCUCUUCCAACCACAUAACCAGUAUGGCGGUUCAAGGCCACCGCCAUCUUCACCGCUAGAGAGACGGUCUUUCGAUGAACCCCGAGGACUCCCGGCUCAGGAAAAUAGGCCGCAUCUUUCUCAGAUUUCAGAACGCUACCGUUUUGAUUGGCAUUCGGACGAUCCCAGACCUGUUCGCCACGGCAUGCCGCUUCUGCCACCAUCUGUAGACGGACUACACGGCCCUCCCAGUCGCCACGGAGGCCAAAGUCCAGACCUACCGAGGGAGGACCACUGGCGGCGUCUUUCUCCGGAAAUGAGAAGGAGGAGUAGUGCCACCCAUGAUGAUUUAGAGCCUCGCUCCGGAGAACGUGGAGAGCGUGGAGAGCGUUUGAGUCGCUUUGACAUACCACACAGAGAACUCAGUUCUGGCUCCUCACAGUCCUUAGAGGAGAGGCAGAGAGAGCUCUCUGAAGACCAUAGAAGGGAGAGAGAGAAGGAAAGUCCUCAUGGUGGCAGGCCCCCCUGGGAUAGGGGGAUAGGCAAGCGCUGGAGUCGGGAACAAGAGUGGGAUAGAGGAAGGGAGAGGGAGCGGGAACCAGAGCGUGGAAGAGAAGGAGACCGGAGCAGGGGGAGGGACAGUGAGAAGACCAGGGACGCAGAGGGAGAGAGACACAGGGAUCAAGACUCUGAGAAAAGGAGGGAGAGAGACAAGGAGAAAGAAAGGGAGAGAGACAGGGAUAAGGAUAAAGACAGGCCUCGGGAAUCUGACCGGAAAGACUAUGACCGCGACAGAGCGAGAAACCGAGACAGGGAGCGGGAACGAGACCGAAGACGAGAUCGAUCAAGAAGCAGAGACCGCGACCGUGGAAAAGACCGGGGAAGAGAGAGGGAACGAGAAAAACAGCGAGACAGAGAGCGGGACCGGGAUCGCGAAAGAGAGAGAGAUCGAGAUCGUGACAGAGAUCAAGACAAGAGGAGCAAAGAAAAGAAAGAGGACAAGAGAGAGAGUAAACGCGAUUCAUCCAAGGAGAAAACUAAGAGUACAGACAAUGACAAGCACUCUUCCUAGGCUCUGUUUUAUAGACAUUACAUCUUCCUUGCUCCUAAAUCUUCAUCCAAACAUCACUGUAAAUGUGUAUGAGCAGUAUUUUGUUGAAUUUCCAUUUUCAAACGGUUCUCUGGAAAAAACUCUAAACAGACAAUGUUUGUACUCUUUGUCACCUUACGAUUUCUACGUUUGUUUCUUUAUUCCCUCGAGUUACUUGAGUACAACACAUUGUGUAGGCUUCCAGUCCUGACAAAUGAACUUUUCUCUGGUUGCAAUGUGUUUUUUUUGUUUUUGUUUUUUGUGUUUCUUGUUUUUUUCUGAAUAAAACAAAAUAAUGUAACUGAUUAACACACCAUUUACAAAAUGUAAAUAUGCACAUAUUUCUGUAUAUACUGAUGUUUUUAUCCAGACUUUUCUAAGUGCAGAAAAUAAAAGCCAUAUAUAUGAGGUGGAUAAUGUGAAGCUUAAGGCAGCGCUGUGGACACGUGUCCAGCUACUUUGAACUAAGCUUUUUAUCAACAGUGUACAUCCCAUAGUGUUGAGAAAAAUGUCCAGUUUGUCUCAACUCAACCAAUUAAAAAUGUCUCCUAAAGUUUA